CUCUCUCUCUCUCUCUCUCUCUCUUUCUUUCUUUCUCCUUGCCCCCCCCUUUACCAUCGUCAUCUUUAUUAUCCAUAUAUGUUUUCUCUUACACCACAACUCCUCCUGCUGCUUCCCUCCCCUCCCUCAUUGUUUCGUUGAAAUUUUGACCGACCCCGUCUAUUCUUUUGUUUUUCUUUUCCUUUGCUUUCUACAGUAUGCUCGUCCAUUGAAGAUUAUGGGUUUAUGCUCGGAUGCAUCAAUGCAGGUGCAGCAGAAUACCUGCUGAAGCCCCUGCGUGUGGAUGUGGUCAAGACGUUGUUUCUGAAAGUACACCACAGCCAGUCGGUUGUGCUGCCAGCAGCAUCAGGAGCCACAGCAAAUUGCGAUGGCGGAGGACUACAACAUCGUAUCAAGAACACGGCUGCAAAGGACUCUGCACUUGUUAAAGCCAUGAUGGAUAUCUACGCCCCACCGAUUUCCAACAAACGAUCACUUGCACCAUUGUCAAGCCAUCGCGCAACAUUCCUACGGCGCAAAAUUGCUAGUUGGGAUUUCUGUCCGUUUGACGUCGAUCACGACGAUUUGAUCCAUUGCUCUUAUCUCAUAUUCGAACAAGCCUUGACCUGCCCGGAACUGUCACACAUAUCAGUCAACCAAACCCAACUCUACGAUUUCAUCUUUGAAUUAUCUGUUUCAUAUCACAACGGCAACGCAUACCACAAUUUUGCCCACGCGGUUGACGUUCUACAGAGCUUGUACCACUUUCUGUGCAAGCUCGGGGUCCUGCCGUUUCCUGGCAAUGUGACGCGACCACAGGACCUCUUGCGGCCCACCGAUGUGUUUGCACUGUUGAUUGCAGCAUUAGGUCACGACGCUGCCCAUCCGGGUGUCAAUAAUAUGUUUAUGAUCAAUUCCGCGACCCCCCUUGCAUUGCUCUACAAUGAUCGGUCGGUUCUCGAGAGUUUCCAUUCCAUGACGCUGUUCCAGAUUAUAAAGAAACACAAGAUUGAUGAGUGCUUGGGAUCCACCGAGGAUUUUCAAGCGUUUCGCAAGACGGUAGUGGCUAGUAUAUUGGCUACGGACAUGUCACUCCACAAUGACUAUGUUACGAGGAUCAAGGGUCAGGCAGCACGGUUACGGAAUCUCAGUGCUUUAAGUGAUUCUGCUCGCGAGGAGGAACGUAUGCUGCUUUGUAGUGCGCUUAUCAAAUGUGCCGAUAUCAGUAACGUGACACGGCCCUUUCGACGCGCGGUCAAGUGGGCUGAGCUGCUAGCCCAAGAGUUCAUGUGUCAAGGCGAUCUCGAACGCAAACUGGGCAUGCCUGUCCAACCCAUGAAUGAUCGAGACAAGAUGGUCUUGGAGGAUAUGCAGAUUGGAUUUAUCCAGUUUGUUGCUGCUAGUCUAUUUGAAAGCGUUUCCAACGUUACACAUGAAAUGACGUUCACUGUCGAAUCAAUGCAGCAGAAUCUGCAGCUAUGGGAAACACGAAAACGGGAAGAAGAGAAUAAAAAGAACAACACAACGGUGAUGGAGGAAAAAAAGCAACAACAGCCGCGGAAAAGCCAAUCUGAGUACAGCAGGCUAUCGUUGGACGCUUCAGCUACCACUACUACUACCAACAAGACCAUCACCACUGCUACGGCCAACAGCACUACCACUACAAGCACAACGGCAACUUCUACAGCUGCUACUACGCCAACGAGCAACAAUACAGCCAGCUCGGACAAGAUCUUCAAUGGCCUGCCCCAGAUGCCUGCAGUUGCCAUGACAAGUUUCGGGAACACGCCUAGCAACGAGUGGAUGACGCCCAAUGGCACUGUUCCACCGCACGAUGGUGUAUACUGUCAAUGCAACAUCAUGUAGUCCGUCACCUCUUUUCCCUCCUUCUCAUUGAAUCAAUCAAUCAGCCAACCAAUCAACCCAUUCAUCCUAUCACUAACAAAAAUCCAUCCUAUAAACGACACCCCGCAACAAAGCGACGACAACGAUCUUUUUUUUUUUUUUUACUUAUUCCGUGUGUACUUUUUUUUUUAACUUUUUCCUUUCUUCUUUCUAUUCCGGCUAACUACAGUUUUUAAUCCUCCUCCUACUCUCUUCAUAACCCCCCCCCUUCAAACCAACUUUAAACCCAUUUUGCCCUCCCCUCAACUCUCCACAAACCUAACCCCACACACUGGCCUUUUCACGAUGUAUAGAAAAAAAAACUCCUUUUGUAGAUUGUACAUUUUUCAUUUAUCCCGUCUUCUUCUUCUUUUUAUUUCUUUCUUAAAGACUUUAUCUUAUCCGUAAAGAAAAAGAAUUAUUAUUAUUAUUAUUAUUAUUA